UCGAGGAUGCCUCGACUCUAUCUUGCCGUCGACUGUGGAGGGACAAAAGCUGCUGCUGCAAUUUGCGACGAGCAGGGCAUGGUCAGAGGUCGAGGAUUUGGAGGACCAGCGAACUACACAGACGUUGGCCUACGCGCGUUCUUGAGAAGCGUCGAUGCUGCGGUUCGCGAAGCGCUGUUCGCUGCUGCAGACGAUGAUACGACACGGCUGGCCAACAAGCAAGGAACACCCUUUGAGGCAGCUUGGUUUGGUAUUGCUGGCGUCGACAGCCCUGGCGAUGUUGCUGCGCUCACGCCCCAUCUGGCCUCGCUACUCGGAUUGCCUCACCCUUCACCGCGGCUCAUCGUUGCCAACGACACUUCUUUGUUGGCUUCUCCCGUCACAGAUCCCGCGUAUCCAGAUACGAGAUCAGGAGUGGUGGUGAUUGCAGGCACGGGAAGUAUCGUGAUGAGUUUCGGCCGAAGGGAAGACGGUCUACUAAGGACCUUAGGCCGAGUAGGUGGCUUCGGAUGGCUGCUUGGCGAUGAAGGAAGCGGCUACGCCGUUGGAAGAGACGCAGUCAGACUCGUCCUCGACCAGGCAGAUCGUGAGAGGUUGAUGGGUGACGAUGCCGCUGGCACCAGCUCCGUUGCGCUAGGUCAAGACGUGCACCUGCUCAGAGAUCGCAUUCUCCAGCAUUGGGGCAUCAAGUCAACUGACGAUCUGCUCAUGGCGGUGUACUCGAACGAUCCUCUGCAGCAGUCGCCAAUGAUGCCACCACACGCAGUAGCCAACGCGGUUGGCGAACGCAAGCAUCGCAUCGCCUCGCUCACACCGCUCGUUUUCCACUUGGCCUUCAAUCACGACGACUCGCUUUGCCUCGCGAUCCUGCGCAGACAAGCUUCGCAGAUCGCUUCUCAGAUCUGCGAGGUCCUUCGACCGCCCGACACUUCUCGAGCUCACUUGCGAGCGGACCGAAGCGUGCUGUGCUGCGGUGGAAGUCUUGUUGGCGUGUCAAAGUACAGGCAGAUUUUGGUGGAAGAAUUGGCAAAGCUUGGGGCUACGUUUGAGAGGGUAGAGUAUGUGGGGGAUCCGGCUAGGAGAGGUGCAGAAGCUCUAGCGGGGGUGUGGGAGAGUCAAAGAGCUUCGCGCAGUCGGUCGCCAUCCCUCCCCAACCCCUCCAACACCGAAUCAUCGUGAUCUUGCAAAUCUUGCUUCAUCUCGCUCUUGACUUCCUUCCCCCCCCC